AUGGCGACUGUUUCAAUCAACGCCCCCGGCUUAAGCGGGGGUCUUCUAUAUAACAAUGGCUCGAACAAUGCACGAGUAUGCAUUACGUCGGAGACGGGUGAAUUCGAUAUGGAGACGAUCAAAAAUUGGCAGGAUGAAGGGUUCGAUGUCGUGUACCUCCCGUUAGAUGGGGGAGGUAAGGACUAUGAGGGUCGGUUGAGAGGGGUCAAGGAAGGACUGGGAGUUGGCGAGAACUAUGCAGUCAUUGCAUAUGGCGAGGCGGCCAACUAUUGCUUGGACUAUUAUCUGAAAUCGCAAAAUGCUAGCCGCCUCUGCGCACUCGUUGCAUACUACCCCAGUGUCAUACCGGACACGCGAUCUCGAUUCCCGCUUUCCCUCCCUGUACUGGUGCACCUAGCAGGCGAUACUGUGGAUGUCACUACCAUUCCGGUCGCGUUGGGCCUGCAAGGCAGGAAGAAACGCAAGACCCGCCCUAUCAAUCCCGGAAUCGGUACGGGUGAACGACUCGAGCUCGCAUAUCCUGCUUAUACCUACGACAAUGCCCAACCGGGCUUUGCCGAGCAUGACAUGGAGGAGUAUGACCACCUUGCCGCUGACCUGGCAUGGACACGUACGAUCCAUGUCUUGCGCAAAGGAUUCUCACGACAGGCAGACCUGGAGAGAAGAUGGGAGGAGCAUCAAGAGGGAAAAUACUUCAAGUCCAAUAUCACCAAGACUAUGGAUGCGUACGUUUCACACAAGAAACCUGCCGUCACGUAUGUGCCGACAAUGAGUGGAGGAAUCGGCACACAAGCUCUACGCCGUUUCUACGACCAUCAUUUCCUCGGAAAACUCCCUCCUUCUAUGCGAAUUCGCCUUCUCUCGCGAACAUCAGGAGCCGACCGUGUAGUCGAUGAGCUUUACGUCUCAUUUGAACAUUCUCAGGAGAUUCCCUGGAUGCUUCCUGGAGUUCCUCCCACGAACAAACGCGUUGAGAUCAUUAUCGUCAGCAUUGUCAGUUUGCGCGCAGGUCGCCUAUACUCAGAGCACACAUACUGGGAUCAGGCCAGUGUCCUAGUUCAAGUGGGUCUUCUGGACCCGAAACUUGUUCCCCAAUCCGGCAAGGGAGUCGAUCGCCUCCCAAUUGUUGGCCGUGAGGCUGCUCGUCGUAUUCUACAUGAAAACCCAGAAGAAGAGCAAGUGGAUUAUCACAAUCGAAUGAUUCGACGUGCCCGGGCCCUGAGGAACCGAAGUUCGCGCGCCUCGCAGGCGGGCGAAGAGUCUGCUGUGGAGUUGAAGAGCGAGGCGGAGACCCCUAUGCCCAUUAGAGAGAAAAAUAAGGGUAAAUCGGUGCAGGAACAGGGAAUCCCACAAACCGAGCCACCCAAGGCCAAUAAUGGUACACCUGAUGAGUCAAAUGGACAUGAAGAGGACGACGAUGGGGCAGUCACUGAGACCGAGUCCACCAAGCAGUCCAAGUCGGAAUCUGCCAACCACAAGGCUUUUGUCGAGGAAGGUAGCGACGAGAAUGGUGAAUGA